AUGAAGUUCAACAACGCCAUUCUCCUCGCCUUGGCCACCACGGCCCUGGCCGCACCCGCGUCCGACGUCACCACCCCGAAGCGCCAGGACAUCAACACCGUCACCGACCAGCUCCUCUUCAGCUCGACCCUGCCUCAGUUUGAGGCUCGUCGCAACGCCAAGAACCCCCCCUCGUUGGACUGGUCCUCAGACGGCUGCACCAGCUCGCCAGACAACCCCUUUGGCUUUCCCUUCCUCCCCGCGUGCCACCGCCACGACUUUGGUUACCAAAACUACCGCAUUCAGAAGCGCUUCACAAAGGCUGCCAAGGCCAAGAUUGACUCCAACUUCAAGUCCGACCUGUAUUACCAAUGCCAGCGCGAAUUGGCCAAAGGUGCUUGCGACAGACUCGCUGAUGUCUACUACGAGGCUGUCAAGGAAUUCGGCGGUGGUGAUGCUACCAAGCGUGACAGAAGCGACUAUGACAGGGCUGUUGCCGCUUACAACGCAGCCGUCAAGGAAGCCCAGGAGCAGGGCCUGCUUCCAGUCCUGGACUAA